AUGGCCUCCAAGGGCGAAGACUGCGAUUGCCCAACCCAGGCUCUAUGGACAUUCCCAGCGCCGGGCGACAAAUCUCUGAUGCCUGACAAGAAUCCUCAGAGCUCUAGCUUCUUGGUCGAGCAAUACCUUGAAACAUCAGCUCAUCAUCCGCCUACUUCAGGCUUUGGUGCUACUCCCCUGUUCGUAAACGACGUCGUCGAGCUGACAUGGCCUGGGGAUUUUGAUGUUCCUUUUGCGUUGCAUCGAAAUCUCUACUGCAAACCCUGCCAGCAGAAGAUUAGGGAUCAGAGUAGUCAGGAACAGUUUGACUGGGAGUCUUGUUACGAGAGGCCGAACCAUGGGGGAAUAUGGUCUACAAGUUUCGACGUAAUGGGAUCGGGUAUGGUCAAAGUGCCAGUCAAAUUUGAUUUCACUGCAGAAACGGAUACGAUGGUCUGCGCGUUUGGGUUCCCUGGAACGAUGGAAGGCGGUCUUUCGCAAGCCUUUCCCGUCAUCAACAAGACGCCACCACAAGACAGGGGAAGGCGCGCUUUCACGUCUGACGCUCCUCGAGGGCUGCCAUAUGAAGCUGACGAGGCGAAGCCAUCGAGCUUGUACAUGGUUGGUGGCAUGGUUGUCCUUGGGCUUUGUAUGAUGUUCUUUGCUCGAAUCCUCUGGCAAAGGAGGAAGCAAAGGAAUGCGCUGCAAAUCCUCCGGGUUGGCACUGAACAAGGCGGUCUUGUAGACGAGGCAAAGACUACAAGAUACACCGACGACUUGUAA